AUGGAUACCUCCAAGAGUACAACGCCUCCAGCGACACCGUCGCGCGCCUCGACUGUACCCGCCACAAGUGCCGAACGCCCAACUGUCUCCAUACAUCCACCCAGGAUGGAUAACAGUGACGACUUCAUCGAGAUCUCACAUGUUCCAGAUCUCGUCGACAUCACUCCGUCUCAAAUGCUAAUGAAAACGCCCAUUACCAUCGAAUGCGGGCCCGGGCUCCAGACGAAGCUGACCUUCCACAAAGAGAUGAUUUGCUGCCACAGCAAGCAACUCAGCAAUAGGUUCGAAAAGGCGAAGUCCACCAUGGUCCACUACGAGAAAGCCGAUAAGGUCCGCGAUGAGCUGGCCCAAUACGUAUUCCCCGAGGUCACUCCCAAGGAGUUCGAAGCUGGUGUCAUGGAUAAACAGGCCAAGCCUCUGAUCAACAAAGCAUAUGAGAAUUAUCCUCUGUUCGGAUAUGCCAAUGGUGUCAAAAAGGUCAUUAUGGACGCAGUAGCUGGAGAGAUUGCCGCCAAGAACAUCAAGAAGACGGCGCAGAGGCCAGUAGUCGACUUGAGUCUCGCUAGCCGUUUGGAGCUUCUCAAGCCUCAGGCCGUACAAGCCGUAGCCGCGGCGCUCUUUGCCCGACUUCAUCUCAUCAACAAGCAAGAGAACCGCAAUGCUGAGAAAGAUUCUUCGAAGGCCGCCGCUCAGCACCGUAUCAUACUUCCCGAUGUUGAAGAGUCAACGGUUCGAACACUCAUGCAGUGGAUGUACCAGAACACGUUUCCAUUGCUGGGAACCGAGCAGACUUACGCUGUCAUGAAGCUCGCUCAACAGAUUGGGGUUGACGCGCUCGCCGUUCAAUGCCGUAAAGCGCUGUACAACGUCACCAACGCCAGCCUUAGGAGUGCCGAUGCCGACGGCAUCUCUUUUCAAGCCCUGCUAGGAUACGGUUCAGAAGCCGUCAAGGACGACAUCGUCCGCGUCGUCUUCGAGCACGCGAUCAAGGACGAGAGUACGCCCAAGGAGCUGAAGAACCUCAUCAUAGACUCCCUGGCCGGGUAUCUCGACCCCGACUUAUGGCAUCACGUUAAGGGCCUGAUCAGCCACGGAACUGCACUAAAGAUCAUAGAGGCCAUGGUUAACUUGCGACAGCUUGUCAAGAUCGAGAUGGAUGGCCAAGACAGCAUAAAGUCAGAGAGCCAGGAUGCUUCCAGCCCCGAUGUCUCCGAGAACAUGGCUAUCGACGAGGACAAGAAGCUGGUUCACGUUAAAGAGCAAGACGAAGCACAAAUUUGA